UAUUGUUGACAGAUAUAAUAAAUGAGAGAAAAUAGAAGGAAAAUAAAAAAAGUUGGUGGUUCACAAUUGGAAAAAAGAAAGAAAAUUUUUAUAAAAUCCAAAAAAUAUACAAAUUAAACAACAAAAUAAAUGAAAAAUAAACUCAUUAUAAACAAGUUUUUUAGUUUUUCCUUAUAAAAAAACCUUUCAUUUGUAUUAUGUUGACGCACAAAGGUUGUCAAGGGGCCCGUAAGAAAAUGCAGGUAUCAUUUGUCAUACGAGAUGCCGAAGAGAAGCAACACCGGAAUGGAGUCAAUGCACUGCAGUUGGAUCAAAAUAAUGGAAAACUUUAUUCUGCUGGCAGAGAUGCUAUUAUCAGAGUAUGGAAUACAAAAGAAACUGAAUCACAAAAUAAAUAUAUCAAAAGUAUGGAACAUCACAACGAUUGGGUCAACGACAUAGUCUUGUGCUGCAAUGGAAGAAAUUUGAUAAGUGCCAGCUGUGAUACAACCGUAAAGGUGUGGAAUGCCCACCAAGGCUUCUGUAUGUCAACACUAAAAACUCACCGAGAUUAUGUGCAAGCUUUGGCCUACGCUAAAGACAGAGAACAGGUCGCCAGUGCGGGAUUAGAUAAAUCGAUCUUUUUAUGGGACGUGAAUACAUUAACAGCCCUGACUGCCAGUAAUAACACCGUGUCAACUUCAAAUCUUUUGGGAUCUCGAGACUCAAUAUACAGCUUAGCAAUGAAUCCUUCAGGCACUGUGAUUGUUAGUGGAUCGACAGAGAAUGUCCUACGGAUAUGGGAUCCUCGAAUGUGCAAAAAGAUGAUGAAACUACGAGGUCAUGCGGAAAAUGUUCGAGCACUAGUCGUGUCGCCCGAUGGAACACAAGUUGUUUCAGGCAGUUCCGAUGGCACAAUCAAGUUGUGGCAUUUGGGACAACAGGGUUGCAUCCAGACAAUAAAUGUACACACAGAAGGUGUCUGGGCGUUGCUGAUGAGUGAGAAUUUCCAAUACGUAAUAUCAGGCAGCCGAGAUAAGAAAAUUUUCCAUACCGAGCUAAGAAAUCCCAGCAAUAGUGUGCUGGUGUGUGAGGAAAAGGCUCCUGUUUUGAGUUUGUGUUAUGACAUUGAUAAAACCGGCGUCUGGGCUACAACAUGGAAUUCAGAUAUUCGAUGUUGGAAACUGCCACAUCAUGACAAAGGCUCACAGAAUUCUAUACCAGCCGAUGCCAGUGGCAAGGGUGUUGAAAUUACAUGCAUUAAGGGUGGAGCAGCAAUAAAAAAAUCAACUGUGUUAAAUGAUAAACGGCACAUUGUGACAAAAGACACCGAAGAUAAUGUCUCCAUUUAUGAUGUGCUGCGUGUGGUGAAGAAGGAAGAUCUUGGCAAAGUCGACUAUGAAGAGGAAAUUAAGAAAAGAAAUUACAAAGUGUACAUUCCAAAUUGGUUCACAGUGGAUCUCAAAACUGGGAUGCCAACAAUUGUCCUAGGACAAGAUGAGGUUGAUUGUUUUGCAGCCUGGGUAUCCAUAGAAGCUGGUCUUCCUGAAUUGGCUGAACCAACAUCAGAUAUAAAAAUAAAUUAUGGAAAACUACUUUUGGAAGCAUUACUGGAAUAUUGGAGACCACCGCAUAGUUUACCUGCAGAUGAAUUAGAUUCAGAUAUCAAGGGUAAUGGUUAUUUUCAAGUUCCAAAACAUACACCUGUUAUAUUUAGUGAAGUUGCUGGUCGAACAACAUGUCGCCUACUAGUUCGAGAUGCAGCUGGUGAAAAUGAAAGCACUGGCUUACAUGAAACUGUACCACAAUGGGUAACAGAUGUUGUUAUCGAAAAGAAUACUCCUAAAUUUAUUAAGAUAUCGUUCUUCCUUACACCACAUCCUUCAAUGGUUAAACCGGAACGUAUUAAAAAAGAUCGACUAGUCGCAAAUGAAUUUAUUCAAUGUAGAAAAGUGUGCGAGCAUGUUUUGGAAAAGGUGCUGGGUGCCGAAACCACACCAAGUGGUGGUAAUGCCUCAAACUCAUCCCAAAAUAGUCAAAGUGAUGCCAAUUCUGAAGGCUCACAAAUUCCACCGGAAGAUCGUAUUGAAUUGCAAUGCAAUGAUGUGGUUGUUGAUCCAAACAUGGAUUUGCGUACAGUUCGCCACUUCAUAUGGAAGCAAUCAGCCGACCUGACUUUCCAAUACAAAACCAAGCCAAACUUUAGCUACGACGCUAAGAUUUAAAAGAAAACAAAAAUUCAUUUAAGAACAUCAAACCUCAGUUAUACACUCAUAAGAGAAAAUAUAUAAAAAAAAGAAAGAAAUUGUUUCCGCGGUACAAAUAAACACAUCAAUUCAGAUGAAAAUGUUGGGGGUACAUUGAUGUCCCCUAAAAAAAGAAGGAUAACCUUGAAGCCAGAACUAAAGCUUAGAACGAUGGCAUAUUAUUAUUAUUAUCAAAUCACCCUCCCUAUACCCUUUUGUUGUUGUUAAUAAGUUUAAAAUCAUUGUAAUCUUGUUUAUUUUUCUUUUCUUUUUAUUUCUCAACUAAAAAAGUCAAUGGAUUUUGAAAGUUCGUUAAAGUUGAGAUUAUUCUUUUAUUUUAUCAGCUUAUUUUUUUUCAGAAAAAAAUGAUU